GUGUUCAAUGUAAUCUGUGUAACUUUAAUCAUUGUUUUUAUAACAGAUAGUGAUAUUAAAUGUGUGUAAGAUAUGGAAAGUUUAGUAUUGAAUGAAAGCUCACGUUAUUUAUCUAAACUUGGAGCAAAUGAAAAUUCCAGAUUCUGCAUUGUGUGCAUAUUAUGACACUUUAUAAGGUAUUAACCCAAAGAUCCAUCCCACAUGACAAUGCCACAUGAUGUUUAAUCGAGAAACAGUACGGGACGUGUCUAAGCUAUGCAACAGCAUCCCAUUGGGAGAUCGCAUCGUGGGAUGGACCAAAUCUGCUUUGAUAAAACCCCAAUGCUCCAGUCUAGAGUCUAGUCUCCAAGCGCGUCAUCUCUUGUCAAGGGUUGUGUUGUGUAUCGUGUCGCUUAAAUGCGGUGCGCUACGCUGCUCUUCCAUCUAUGCCAUGGCUUGAACUACCUACACGCUGCUAGCGUUCUUGCCAUGCAGAACUCAAAACCACUCCAUUGAAACUUUGUGACAGCGAAACCAUGCUUGCUUGCCCCUCUUCAACCACGGCUCCUAGCCAUCAGCGUGCUUGCAAGUCAUAAAGAACUUCAACUUUCCGUGACAGAAUCUUUAAAGCUCACGCCGCGCAAAAGAGAGGACUCGGAAGAAACUUUGUCCACCAUCAAGGCAAGAGCUGUUGAAUCUCUCAAAAUCGCCGGGCAGUCAACCAACCAAUCGAGGCAAAGGGCAUCCCCAGACGUCAUCUACGCAACCAUGAAUCCCAGCCGGGAUUCCCCUUUCAGCUCAACGCAAACCAAGGAGACGAAACGACACCACGGCCAGCAGCACAACCACAAGUAAAGGAGCUGGGGGUCCCACUGGUGAACGGAUCUUCCCUCUUGUGGUAGUGGUUCUUCAGUGAAUGCGGUGUAUCACUUCAAGUGUGUGAAAUGGACCAGACUCUGUAUUUCAUUCUUCUUCUCAUUGCUCUCUGCUCCGUAUCUGAAUGUGUUCAGCAUCAGUAUCACUUUAUAAAUGAGAACAAGACCUGGACUGAAGCUCAGAGAUACUGCAGAGAGAAUUACACAGAUCUGGCCACCGCUGACAACAUGAACGACACGAACGAGCUGAAGAAGAGUGUGAAUGAUGGAAGUGUUCAGUAUUUCUGGAUUGGGCUGCAGAAGACGGGUCGUGAUGAAUGGAAGUGGUCUUCAGGUGAACCUGCGCUCUAUCUGAACUGGGCUCCUGGACAACCAGAAGGCAGAGAUUAUUGUGCUAUGAUGUUUAACGGAAAAUUUGAGGAUUUGCCAUGUAGUGAUGAACGAUAUUUCAUCUGCAACAACACAAACACAGAACUUGUCUUAGUCGAUCAGAAGAAGAGUUGGAGAGACGCUCAGAGUUACUGCAGACAGAAUCACAUUGAUCUGGUCAGUGUGAGGAACCAGAACGAGAAUCAUCAGAUUCAGCAGACCAUUAGUGACAGACAGUUAUCAGGAUCACAGAUCUGGAUCGGUCUGUUCAGAGUCAGAGACUCAUGGCAGUGGUCAGAUCAGAGUAACUCUUCAUUCAGAGACUGGAACACUGGUGAACCUAAUAAUAAUGGAGGAAAUGAAAACUGUGCAGCUCUUAAUGCUCAGAGAAAAUGGUUUGACGUCUCUUGCACCGAACAAUAUCCUUUUGUGUGUUAUGAAGAUAAACUGAUUGUGAUCCGAGAGAAUGUGACGUGGUCUGAAGCUCUGAGAUACUGCAGACAGCAUCAUGUGGAUCUGGUCUCGGUUCAUUCAGAAGAGAUGCAGCGUCGUGUGAUGAACGUGGUUAAACGUGCGUCUACUGCGGAGGUGUGGUUGGGUUUACGUCACUCCUGUACUGUGGGCAUCUGGUUCUGGGUGAGUGAAGAUACGGUGUGCUAUCAGAACUGGGCUCCAGGGAACGGCACAUCAGAGGAGGACUGUGAACACACAGUGAGAUCUGGAGCAGUUCAGUCUGGAGGAGAUCAGCGCUGGAUCAGCCUUCCUGAGACUCACAAACUCAACUUCAUCUGCAGCAGAUAUUAAGAGUAAAGAAUCUUUUCUCUGUCUUUCUGAUUUUCUUUCAUGUUGAAGUUGCCAGAAGUCUUUCUGUAUUUGAAUUAUCAUGGAAUAAUGUGCUCUUAACAGCAAUGUUUAAUAUUCUUUAGAUGUCUAAGACACUAAAAUAAUAUAUGUCUGGUGUGGUCUCUUUAAUCAUAUAUUAGUAUAUUAAGUGACUGGUUUGAUGUGAUUCUAUGAGCAGCAGCUCUUAAAAAAUUACUUGUUUCUCAGCAGAAAUGAAAUCUGAUUAUUCAUAGAAAAUCAGAAAUGAAGUUUGGGAAUAAAAUCUUGUGUUUGAUCCAAACAAAACAUCAGCUCAAAUAAACUCAUCUG